AUGCCGUCUUUCUACUCCACAGGCCACGGCCUGCCCACCCCUCCUCACGUCAACAGCGGCGGUCGCCUGGACGAACCCCAGUUCUACCCCAUUGGCUACCCUGCGUUCCCGCCUCGCUACCAUCAGAGCGGCUCCGAAUUUAUCGAACAGUUCUCGCAAUCCAUGUGCUACGGAAAGCCAAACGCGAUGAAUCUACACCCUUCAUCGGCACAUCCGAUGCACCCUCGGGAUAUGCACGCUAUGGGCCAGCAGCAGAUGUAUGGUUCGGUGGCAAACGCUCUACCUCCGAUUCGCUCCAACGUCCAGCUUCCCCCCAUGGAUAGUGCGAUCCCGCAACAGUACCGUCGCCAGGAUAUUGCCCCGAUGAAACAGCAGCACCAGGAACAGCCCCGCAAGGAGGAGAAAGCUACCGGAGGCGUCGCCGCCCAUCUGGAUUACGAGAUGGAUCGCAUGUCCGACUUCGUGGCGGAAAUGACCCAGGGAAUGUAUGAUUUGUACAACACCAGAAUCACCCUUUCAGAUAUUGACUUCGCGCGAAGCAUCUCCCCAGGAUCCUCAGUCCCCCCGCAGUUUCGGAAAUACGUCUAUCAAAUCUUGUCUUCGACACGCCUGCCAAGCUCGACUAUUCUCCUCGGCCUCUUCUACCUGUCCAGCCGCAUGCGAAUGCUCUCUUCGCAGCGCGCCUUCCAGUCAAGCAGUGGCCAAAUUUACCGCAUGCUGACCGUGGCCCUGCUUCUUGGAAGCAAGUUCCUCGACGAUAACACUUUCCAGAACAAGUCGUGGGCCGAAGUUAGCAACAUUCCCGUGGCUGAAUUGAACAAGCUGGAGCUCGAGUGGCUCUUCGCCUUUGACUGGAAGAUCCACGAUCGUAUUUAUGAACAACAGGAUGGCUUCGCCUCGUGGCGUCGUCACUGGGAUACAUGGAGCGCCAAGGCUAACGUUCGUGCCCACGAGUCUCGCCAGACCCUGUCGCCUCUGGACACCAACGUUGUUCGCCAACAGGCCACCUCCAAGCCCCUCAUGUCGCCCGAAGGCCCUAUCCCGCCUCAAUACCAACGCGGCACCCACGUUGAAAGUUCCUGGCUCAACCCGGCAGCCUCCGAGUACUCGCCGCCCUCGGCUCCGCACAGUGGACCGAAUACGCCCGACUACUACUCGGUUGGUCCUUCGGCCUACUCGAACCCACCUCCGCCCUAUUCACGGGCUUGGAUGCCCCCGCCGCCUCAGUACAUUCUUCAGUCCGCACCCCGAUCGCAACCCCCGUCCUACCAUCAUACUCCGGCGUAUGGUCUGCCCUUCGCCCAGAGUGUCUGGACCGGCCAUGGAUCGUCGUGUGCCUGCAUGUACUGUGCUAAGCAUCUUGAGCAUUACAUGUGCAACAGCGCCUUCCCUGCGCUACAGCCUAUUGCUGCAUAA